AGAAAAAGAAGAAGAAGAAGAAGAAGAAGAAGAAGAAGAAGAUGGUCAAUAUGUUGAAGUGUGCCACCAAGAACAAAAGCCAGCAAAUGAAGACUUUAAUGACUUCUGCAAAAUUAUACUCAAUGAUGCACCUGAGGGAGAAGAACAAAUUCAUCAACAAACACUUGAGAAACUUCAAACUGAGAACAACAAUUUGCAACUAGACAACACAGUGAAGACCAUCUACAUAAAUAAACUUGAAGAGGAUAACAGGCUACUCACAGCACAAAUACAACAAUUGAAAGAUGAAAAUUCUCGAUUGCAUAACCAAUUGGUUGAAAAAGAGGUCCAUGAGAUAACCCAAGAAGUUUGUGCAGUAAAACAUCUGGGACAGAUGCAAAGAAUGAAGGCCAUACAAUAAACGAUGAAAAUUCUCAAGUGUUGUAGAAAGAGGUCCAUGAAAAUUCUGAAGUGGUGGACAAAGAGCUCCAUCAGAAAGAGGUCCAUGAAAAUUCUGAAGUUAUGGACAAAGAGGUCCAUCAGAAAGGGAUCCAUAAGAUAACGCGACAACAUUUUGCAACCAAACAUUGUGAAACAAAUACAAAUGUGAAAGACUGUCAAAAUUCUCAGUUGCAGAAUCAGUUACUGGAGGAAGAAGUCCAUGACUUAACCCAACAAGUUUGUGCAAUAAACGCCGAUGAUCUGACAGAAUCAAGACAAACAAAUCUACAGAAUUCCAUAAUUAAAAAUAUCAAAGCUAAAGCAAGGAAGACUAUUGAGGUGUCAGAUUAUGAGUAUAGAGGCAAGAAAGUUAAAGUUGAGAAAGAGAAGGAAUACAAAGAUGAGACAAUUUCAAACAAGUAUGCUGUGGCUCAAUUGCUACCUCCUGAAGAUAAAUAUAAACUGCAAAUUCUUUGGAAAGAAAAGCAAACAGAAUCAAGUGCUUGUAUAUGGUUUGGUGCAAGAUAUGAAAAUUGUGUAUUUAUUAAUGAUAUCAAGAACUUGGUAAAAGGGACAGACAUUCCAGCUGUACAAUGGAUGCAUAUGCUGAGAUUCUUCAAAGAGAACCACAAGCACAGAAUUCUGGUGAUGGAGCAGAGCAUAAUGGCAAGUCUUUCAUAUUGUCAAGUCUAUAUUGGUCAAUGUUAAAGAAGAAAACUUCAGAACAAAGGAAAAAGAUUUUGAAAAAUACUUUGCAAGAAUCCCUCCCAUGUCGAUACAUCCAUAUCCCCAUCCACAAUUUCAAUCAUUGGACAUUACUUGUUAUCGACAAACACUUGAGGACUUGGAAACAUUUCAACUCUUUGAGACCAAGAAAAGGAAAGGACAAGCACUACAGCGUUGCAAAUCAACUGGAUACACCUUGUCAAGUAGAAAAAGCCUGGAAUCUUGUUGUCAAGAUUGAAUCAGUCAAAGACACCCCUCAACAAGAAGCAAUGACGAAUGACUGUGGAAUUAUUGUUUGCUACAUCAUAAGACAAUACGUGAGGCAUCAACCAAUUCCAAACACAUUACCACCAGGCACAUCCACAAGACUCAGAGCAGACAUGGUACAUGAGUUCCUUAGUGAUCCACAAAGAUCAAUCAAAGUCAAGUAGAGUCAAGAUUGCAACCUUCAAUGAAAUCUUUUUUGAUGUGUAACUCAAUGAACUCUUUUUUGUAACACUCUGAUACGAUGACUAAUAUUUUUGUUAAUAGUUCCAAGCAUAUUACCUAACAAACAUAUUACAAUUUCUAUGAUGUGUAAUGGAAUAUUUUGUCAUAUUCUCAAAGAUAUAUGCACCCGAGCUUUGUUGAUGU